AUGUCUGGAGGCAACACUAUCGCCACAUCCACCGUCCUUCUUGAAACAGGAAUGGUGAAAAUGACUGAAACUAUUACCAAAAUGGUCAUGGAAACACCAGCAGGCUUAGUCUCUGUCACCGCGGACUGCGAGGACGGGAAGUGCAAGGCUGUCGCAUUCGAGAACGUGCCUUCUUUUGUUUUUGCUCUGGACUACGAAGCACAAGUCCCCGGGAUAGGAACUGUAUCUGUCGAUAUUGCAUGGGGAGGAAUGAUUUACGCAAUUGUCGACGCGACACGGCUUGGAAUCCGUAUCGACAACCAGAACGGUCCAAAGUUAAUUGAAUACGGAGAGAAAAUCAAGCAUGCGCUCCAACACGCCUCGUUCAUCCCCGUUCACCCGGAGAAUUUGAGUAUCAAGGGAGUUAGCAUUCUUGAAUUUACAGAACCCCUCCAGCGAGAUACAAUGGAGGCCGUGAAUACCGUUGUGGUUUCUCCCGGGAGAUUUGAUCGAUGCCCAUGUGGCACAGGGAGCAGCGCAAGGAUGGUUGUGCUUCACGCUCGUGGCCAGCUCGCGGUUGGUGAGAAAUUCGUCCAUCGAAGUAUCAUUGGCAGCACCUUUGAGUGCCACAUCCGUGGGACACAAAAGCUUGGCGAAUACGACGCUGUCUUACCAACCAUCAAAGGAAGUGCCUGGAUUAAUUCAUUCAAGCAAAUGGUGUUGGACGAAAGUGAUCCUUGGCCAGUGGGUUUCAGGGUCGGGGAUCAAUGGCACGUUCGUCCAGAUUAA